AACUCCUGCUAAGGCCGAGCCCCACCAGGACUUAGGGACCCUGGGAAAGCCCAAUUUUCCAGCGCCCUGCUCAGGACUACUUGGGGGAAAGACACGCCACUCUUCAACAGUGUCCUGUCGGGAAACCGGGCCGCCGAGCAAAGGGGGCGUGGUGGGCGGGGAGUCCUCUGGUCACGCCCCCCUGCCCCCGCCCGCGGCUGGGAGCUGGUCCCUCCGCUCUGCGCAGCUAAUUGGUCUCGUCAGGGCAGGAGCGGAUCCGAGCCGUGUCAUCCUCUUAGCGCCCUCGCGCCACCCGCCGCUCCCUCCCCGCGCCCCCUCCCGCCGCCGCUACCCCCAUUGUCGUCUCUGCACUCCCCGCGGGCCCAGGGCAUGCUCGGCGCCCCUGCGCUGGGCCUCGCGGCAGGCGACGCUCCGCGCGGGCGGAGACAUGAGGCGCGGCUGGUGGGCCGCCCUGGCCCUGGGGCUGCUGCGCCUCUGCCUGGUCCAGGCCAACUUCGCCCCGCACUUCUUCGACAAUGGGGUCGGCAGCACCAACGGAAACAUGGCUCUGUUCAGCCUCCCAGAGGACACCCCAGUAGGCUCUCACGUAUACACCCUGAAUGGGACAGAUCCUGAGGGAGACCCCAUCUCCUACCACAUCAGCUUUGACCCCAGCGCUAGAAGUGUCUUUUCUGUUGACCCCACUUUUGGAAACAUCACCCUGGUUGAAGAACUGGACAGAGAGCGGGAGGAUGAGAUUGAAGCCAUCAUCAGCAUUUCUGACGGCCUGAAUCUGGUGACUGAAAAAGUUGUAAUCCUGGUGACUGAUGCCAAUGACGAGGCACCCAGGUUCAUCCAGGAGCCUUAUAUUGUCCUGGUUCCCGAGGACAUACCUGCUGGGAGCAGCAUCUUUAAGGUCCAUGCGGUGACAGGGACACGGGCUCUGGAGGGAGUGUCACCUACUUCCUGCAGAACCUACACUCCCCAUUUGCUGUGGACCGCCACAGCGUGUGGCUGCGCCUCCAGUCUGGGCUACUCUGGACUACGAGAGUCCCGGACCCACUACGUCACUGUGGUCGCCAAGGCACCCCUUCUGAGCCUCGUUUCCUCAUCUGCCCCCCCCCAACUCAACUAA